CUAAGGCGAAACCUUCACAAAUCUUUACUUUUCUUGGCAUAAUUGCACUCUUAUUACAGAUAAAAAUGAUAGAUAUUUUAAUCUUCUUUUCUCUUUAUCUUGACGCCAAGCCUUAAUAAAAUCUAAAACUUAAUUGUUACUGUCAAAUUGUCACGCAAUAACGCGACAUAAUAAUUAAAACACUAUUAUAGCUAAGGCUGUUAUUACACACGCCCAUAAUUAUAUUUAAGUCCAAUUCAGAACCGAAAAGUGUCAUUCGGAAUCAUGAUUCCAAGGAAGUCAAUAAACAAAAAAACUUUUCUAUCAUGUCAUAUAAUCAUAUACAAUUUACUACAACUAUCAUUUUGUGAACAGUUUUAUGAUUUAAUGAAAAUUGAAAAUGAUACAGUUACAACGAGUACAUGCAUUUUGGGAAUUUUAGAACAACAUUUUCCCUGUAACACAUACAUAACUUUAGUAACAGAUGAUGAGGAUGACAAAAAUCUCAUUGGAAACAUAAAUGAAAGAAAAUGUUUUAGUGUUAUCGUAAGAACGUAUCACAAAAAGGGCUGGUUUAUUUACAAUAAUGUAUAUUUAAUUAUGACCACAAAUAUAGACAACCUGAAAGCAUCAAUGUUACAAUUGAAAUCAGAAACAUUUUGGAACCCCAAAGCUCGUUUCAUCUUCACAACACAAAACUGCAGUGAUACUGAAAUCAAUAACAUAUUCCAUUUAUUUCUUACUUACAAAAUAUACGAUGUGAUAUUUCUCGUUCAGGCCAAAAGGGCCACUUAUGUUUAUACAUAUUUCCCUUUUGAAGACGGAAGAUGUGGAGAUAAUACUGCUCCCGUCAAGAUCGGAAACUGCAAAGACGCUGUCAACAAUACAGUCUACUUCCAAACAAAAGGUAUAAAACAUUUUCGGAAAUGCAAAUUUAGAGUGAUCAAAUUUGCUGACCAAAACAUUUUGCCUAUCCUAGAGCAAUAUAUUCUCGAUGAUUUUGCUAUUAAAGCUAACUUUACCUUAACAUACGAAAAAUUAGAAACAGAGAAGAACUUUGGUGUUGUACUGCCGAACGGCACAACAACAGGUCUCUUGGGAUAUUUAGAUAGAAACGAAGCAGACAUUGCUAUGGGAUCUGCAGUUUUGUUCAAGAAUCGGGCAGAUUUAUACGACUUCAUCAGUGGUUUUCACUUCGCCUCUUUUAACUUGUAUUCUUCAGCUGUUGGCGAUGAAAGAUGGAAGACCGUAUAUAUGGCAUUCGAUGUAGAAACGUGGUUACUAAUAAUAUUUUUCUACUUUAUUAUGAUAUCUAUGUGUAUUGUUUUACUUAAUUUAUCUCCAAAAAUAUCUUACAAUCACUCAUAUAUCUUUUUACAUCUGUACGGAUACUUUCUAGGGAACGGUACGGUGCUUUUCUUCAAAACGAAAAGACUUAGAACCAUCAUGAUUUCAUGGAUUUGGUUUACAUUCCUCACAAGCAGCUUUUACAAUUCUGAUAUGUACAGCUUGGUCACUGACCACAUGACUUACAAGCGGCAAAUAAGUCACGAUAAAUUGAAUACCGUUCCUUAUAAGCCCUGCAUUAGUUAUGUCAUCAGCACUUUCUUCUUCUUCGCUUACAAUGAGGUCAUGCCCGAAAAUAUUGACAAUCCGUUAUGUAACACCGAAGAUGGAUCUUUUAACGUUGUAGCUUCAGGAACAAAUUUAUAUACAGUUCAGUUGAAAUCAUUCUACACUUCCAAAGAGAAAGAAUUUUUAAACAUUUAUGGAAAACGUAUGUUAGACUCUUGGGAUUUCACAGGUGACAUAUUAUUUUGUUUCUAUAUAUACAAGGGAUUUGUUUUAAAAGAUCAACUUCAAAUGCAUGCCCUACGGAUGUUCGAUGCAGGAAUCACAACAGUAUACAAUAACUGGUUAAAUCCUGAGCAAGCAAUAGACAAUCGAAAAAAUAAAUCAUUCAAGCAAUUCGUAAUGAAAGAUUUACAAAUACAUUUUGGUGUACUAUUUGUAGGAUCCAUGAUAUCUACAUUUGUUUUUCUCUAUGAAAUAUACAAAAAGUUUAAAUACGCCUAA